UCUACAAUCCUUCAUCUGACAACUCCCCUCAUUUCAGAGUAGCCGUCUCAACCUUCGUCUGCAGCCAUGCAGAUCUUCGUCAAAACCCUAACCGGCAAGACCAUAACCCUCGAGGUUGAGUCCUCCGACACCAUUGACAAUGUGAAGGCCAAGAUCCAGGACAAGGAAGGCAUCCCUCCGGACCAACAGCGGCUCAUCUUCGCCGGCAAGCAGCUCGAAGACGGCCGUACCCUAGCCGACUACAACAUCCAGAAAGAGUCGACUCUCCACCUGGUCCUCCGCCUGCGUGGAGGAGCCAAGAAGAGAAAGAAGAAGACCUACACGAAACCAAAGAAGAUCAAGCAUAAGAAGAAGAAGGUUAAGCUCGCGGUGUUGCAGUUCUAUAAGGUGGAUGACUCUGGAAAGGUUCAGAGGCUGAGGAAGGAGUGUCCGAACGCCGAGUGUGGGGCUGGGACCUUCAUGGCUAACCACUUUGACAGGCACUACUGUGGAAAGUGCGGGCUCACUUAUGUUUACCAGAAGGCUGGUGGUGAUUGAUUAGGUUGUUUCGCUCUUUUUUAAUAUUAUUAUAAGUAGUAUUAUCAUGGAUUUUGUGUUUUAUGGUUUCGUGUUUUAGGGUUUUGUCAUUGUUUCGUACUAUGUUUAAUACUGGAUAUUGGAGCAUUUGCUUCUAAAGGUUCUCCAUAUUAAUUCCUGAAUUUUGGAUGGUUUAUUUACCUAA